AUGGAAGAAGAAGAAGAACCAGACAAAGGGAACGGCGAGGCCGAGCCGGACCAGCCACCCCACGGGGCCAGCGGCGCCCCGAAGGCAAACAACGAAGCCGCCAAGGGAGAGGAAGGAGGAGUGGCGGACGAAGAGGAAGAAGGGAAAGGCGUGGAGGAUGCUGCACACGACGAUAACGAAUCCGAUUCGGUGGACGCAGCCGUCAAGGAGGAAGAGAAGAGCGAGGAAGAAGAGGAGGGAGAAGGAGCAGAGAACGACGCUGCAGGCUCUUCCGCGAUGGAGCUGGAGGCUCAGCAGAGCAAUGGCACGGCCGUGUCGCCCACUCAGAACGGAGACGAGGUGAGCUCCGGAGAACCGCCCGUCACUACUUCCUCGCCAUCGUCGCCCAAGAACGCGAGCCCCCGAGGCGCCGCGGCAGCAACCUCAUCAAUGAAGAAGGCCGAUGAAAAGAGCACGAGUCCCCCGUCGCAGUAUGCCACUCGCCGGCGGACAAGAGGGAUGGCCCAGGAGAAGGAGAAGCAGCCCAACGGAGGGGAUUUUAUCACGGGCCAGGAGGAGAUCGAUCAGUACAUCCUCGGAUGCAAAAGCAACGAUGCCGCGACCAAGUCCAGCGGCGAAACAGUUGGUCCUGUGCUAUACAAGCCCGGCGAAGAGUUCCGAGGCCUCAAGAAGCACGUGGGGAAGCGCCUGGUGGUGCACAUCGAAGCCAAGCACAUCACCACCACAAACGAUCAGUCUCCCCCCCUAGUGUUGCUCCACACCGGCAGCCUGAAGACUAUCACUGCCGAGCCGCCUGACUACUUUGGCAUUGCCCUCUACAUGUACAUCUUGCCAGGCAAGAGCAGCUAUGUCGGCACCAAGCGAGGAACUAUGCGAUCACGCAACUGGUCGGACCACGACGUCACCCUCAAGCUCGACAGAUUUGAGGUGCUACCGACGAAGCCCGACGACUGGGCCAGCUCGGAGCAGGUGGACGGAGCGAAGAAGAGCAAGAGCAAGAAGGCGACGGCGACCGAUGAGGGUGGCAAGAGUAGGAAGAGGCGGAGGAAGGAGGCCAACGACAAGGUCUCACCGGAUGACGCCGUGGCCACCGAGAAGGAGGACCCGGAAGCCGACGACGCCGCGACGUCGACAACAAUGACGACACGAUCGGGUGGCUCGCGGUCGCGGUCGCGACCAAGCCGAUCUCGCGCCAGCGCCCGAGCGCCGAAGGAAGAGCUGGCGCCGCUGACGUCAGCGCCGACGCCGACGGCCAAGAAUGAAAUGUCUGCGGCGUCGCCGUCAGCAGUCACGCCAGCAGCACCGGGCAGGGAGGCUGCGACGGCUGCGGUCAAGCAGGAGCCUCAGGCCGACGACCCGGACGCCGAGGCCGAGGCCGACGAGGAGGCAGGCGGCGACGAGCACGCUCCGCUCACCACGACGACCACGACGACCACCUCCACUUCGACCGCCAACAUGUCGCGAAUGUCGACACGAAGCGGAAGGCAGCCGCCGGCGGCGUCGGCGAGCAAGAAGCGAUCAAGGCGGCGGCCGCCCAGCGGUGGAAAGUCUUCGCGGUCCAGCCGGAGCCGACCACAACUGGUCACGGCUGGCGGCGGCGAUUGGGAAGAGGGUCGGGCGGGACGAACGCCGGGCAGCGACGAAGGGGAGAUAGACGGAAUGAAGGAAAGCGACGGCGCCGACGCGCCGCUGGCCGACGAAAGCGACAGCGACGACACCGCGCUGCGGGUGAAGAGGAACAAGAUCGCAGGCAACAUGAAGCUGCUGGAGAAGAUUGCGCGAUUGGACCGGUGGAUGCCGCUGCCCACGGACGUGAUGCGAUACAAUCUUUCCUAUGAGCCCUGCUAUCACUACUCGUUAGGCAUGCUGGCCGACCGCGGGUUCGAGAGCGAUUUCUGGUUCUCCACCAGGCUGCGCUCCUUCACGCUCUACCUGGAGAACGACUCACAGAGAUUCGAAUUCAGCUACAGCGGGGAGGCAACGCAGGUGGAGCCGUCGGUGGACGCCCUUCUGGGCAGCCAGGCUCUUUCCUUCCUCUCCUUCUUCUCACCCACGCGGAUGCCCCCCAGCACCACCGCGCCGCCAAAUACCAACUCUGAAGCAAGCGAGAUCACGUCUCUGCGGCCAGACGGCAAGAAGCCCACAAACCGCAGUCCCCAGGACGAAGCGCUCCUCGAGGCCGAGAACCACAAUCGCAUACGGGUGGCCUAUGGCCACUACCGAUGGGCCGAGCGCCCAUACAGUAUGGACCGAGCAGAGCUGAAGCGGGUCGGAGUGCCCUUGCCCAACGACCCAGCAAGCAUCUCGGUCCUGGCGGCGGAGCUGACGUGGGAGGAAGUGGCGUGGGGCGAGGGCUCGGUGUGCGUCCGCGGGACGACCUACCCCGUCCAUUCGCUCUUCUGGAUGCCACGAAGCCGCAGCCCUUCGUCCUCCCUCGCUGAAGACUGA